UCUCGGUGCUGGGAUUCAGAGAGGAUUCGCGCCUUUGAUCGUGGCGAUUCCCCUCACUCGCCGUGGCUAGUAGCCACUGGUAGAGCUAUCCUCCACGCAUCUAUCUCUUCCCCUUUUAAAGCCGUUCAUAAGGACAAGACAUCAGGAUUGCCUGUUCAGUUGGCUAGUGGGAAAAGAUCAGUUCCCCCUACACAGUGCUUGAUAUUGUUCUGUAUUCUUACUCCUGAGCUUUUGAUUUGAUUCCUCUGUCCUUGGGCCCAGUCUAGGUGUUUGGCUUCACAUCUGUAACAAUGACUAGGACAGUUAAAGAAAAUAUUGAGCUUCAGAUGUCAGAACUAGAAAUGCUUUUUUCCAUGUUCCCUAAUAAAGGAGAAAUUACCCUUCAGGAUGAUAACACUUUUCUUAAUGUUCAGCAGUAUUUGAACAAUGCUAGUGAAGCGCUGCCGCAUAAGAUUGAAUAUAUGGUUUCUGUUGCCAUUGAUGAAUUAAAGGAGAGAGUAAAUUUGCAGGUAACCUUGCCUUAUGACUAUCCUAAUGCAGCACCACAGCUUUUUGCAAGAUCAGAUGCUGUAGAUAGGCCGCAACAAUUGCAGCUCAAUAAGGAUCUUGCUUCUUACAUUGCUUCUUUGGAGUCAGGUGAACUCUGCAUCUGGACAGCUGUGCAAUGGCUGCAAGAAAACAGUUCACCCUAUUUAGAAAACAGCAAAUUCUCCUCUGCAAGAGAAUCAAAAGAAAAAGUAGUUAAAACAUUUUUUAAUCGAAUGUGGAUUUACAGCCAUCACAUAUACAGACAAGAAUUAAGGAAAAAGAUAUUUGACUGUGCAAAGAAAUUAAAUUUGACCGGUUUCUGUUUAACUGGAAAACCUGGGAUAAUUUGUGUGGAAGGCAUCAAAGAGAAUUGUGAAGAAUUUUGGCAUGUAAUUAGAUACCCAAACUGGAAACACAUUUCCUGCAAGCAUGUUGAGAGUGCAGAGACUGAAGGAAAUGAAGAUCACCUACGUCGCUUUCAUAGUUUUGAAGAUUUACAGUUUCAAGCGCAUGGUGAUUAUGGACUGAGGAAUGACUAUCAUAUGGAUCUUGGUCAGUUCCUAGAAUUCCUGAAGGAGCAUCAAAGUGAACAUAUAUUUCAGAUCUUGUUUGGAAUUGAAGGAAAAUCUUCUGAUAAUUAAUAAAGAAGCUUGUGUAUUUAAUUUGAAAGUUUGUAUAUUUAAUAUUAAUUAA